AUGGAUGAAACACAAAAAUCGAACAAAUUGGUUAACCAUAUAGAAAGAAACAUUCUUUCUCUUCUUUCGGUUAAGAAUGAUGAUGAGAGCAAAGGAGAAGAAUACAAACCUUUAGUUGCAUCUGGUAAAGAAGAUGAAGAAAAACAAGAAGAUGGGAACAAGACUAAAAGAGAGGAUGAUGAGAGCAAUAUAGAAGAAUUUAUCAAAUUCAAUAGCAAAGAACAAGAUAUUUCAAAUGUAACCAGUAAACAAAAAGACAAGGCAACAACAGAAGAUGAUGACGAUGAUGUGAAGGAGAUAAUACAAGACGAUAUAAGCAUUUGUUGUCGUUCAGAGGCGAGCAACAACAGCAUCUCUUCUUUCACAUUCCCCAUACUGCAUAACGAAGAAGAUGAAAGUGUCACAAUGCCGUCGUUAGAAACCAUAUGGAACGUUUACGAUAACCAGCUAUUUUCAGAGUUGUCUCAGCCGCAGAAGCAGCCGCAGCCACGACCAGAACAACAAUUUUAUUUCAUCCCAGCAACUCACACUCUAGCUCAGCUACCACCACAAAGGAAGUCGUUGUUGUCAAAGCAAACGUCUGAAACGCAAUCCCAAAAGGUUUUUAUAAACCGCUGGUUCUCUUGCUUUAAUUUUAUCAUCCAUUUCGACGUGAUUGAAUCAAGAAAUAGAAGAAGGAAGAAAAAAGGAAAGACUAGUAGAUUAUCUUUGUUUGCAUGA